CAGCAGUGCUGUGGAUUUACAGCAAGAACCGUCCAAACCUGUGGAGGAGAAAACUUAGAAACGCCGUUCAAGGUCAUUCAUUCAAGACAAAAGAAGUCUUCAGCUCUUCAGUCUUGCUGAGCUUGUGUCCACUGCUGCCUCCGAUUUCUUAUUUGAACCCAACAUGGUCCUCUGACGUUGUUGCACAUCUGCCUCAAGCGAUGCACCUCACUCUACUGCUGUCCCUGUUUGCUGUGACCGCCUGUACAGACUCCACCACUUCCUCUACAACACAGCUGGUAGCAAGGUCAACCACAAGUCGUGCACGUCUCACAAGUUCGACUGUGGGAAAAACAAACCAUGUCAUUUCACCAACCACCAACAACCCAUCACAGCAGGUCACCACUGCAGUCACCUCAGGGAAAACGUCAUCACCACCCUCAACUUCAUCACAAACACCAAAUAGGACUGAGGAAACCGACACCAGCCGUCCUACUGAGACACCAGUGAUCAACCAGACGUCCACCGAGACACCUAAAACCAACCAGACGUCCACUGGGAUACCAGUAACAAACCAGGCAGUUUCCAAUGGAUCGACAAUCCCACCAACAUCAGGAUCACCAAACAUCACCGUAAACACCACUGUUAACACAACCAGCCCAGCUCUUUCACAGGAGAAGGAAAAAGGUAGCUUGGCAACAAACCCUGGCCUCGUCGCCAUCAUCUGCAUCUUCUGUAUCAUCCUCGUCCUCACGCUGGUGGUUGCCACCGUGAAAUGUACCUCGCCAUCAAGGAACAAUUUUGAGAGGCUUGAAGAUGUGCCUAUGGGCAAAGUCAAUGAAGGGUCUCCGUUUGCCCACUACUCAAAAUGACAGAAGAGACUUCAGACACCGAUGUCCAGGAGGAGAGUGGUCAGCUGCGAGAGUCUGAUGCUUCUGAACACAAACAAAUAUCCACUUCAGCAGUGACUCUGACUUUAGGCACAAAAGAAAAAGACAGCUUGUGCGGUUUUCUCUCUCAGGCCCUUUCAUUUCUUUAUAAAGCACUUUUGUCUGUACUUCUGCCAAAGAGCUUUGACCUCUGACCUGUUUGCCUUGCUGCUCAUGUUUCUGCUGAUUUAAGCUCCCAGAGGUAAAGGUAAAGAUUGGUGAUAUAUGUCCCUUUAAGAACUUAAAAUCAAUUAUUGCACUCUCACAUUUAUAACAAGGGAUGUUAUGCUGCAAGUAUAUAUAGGUUUUCAUAAUGAUUUUGGAAACCAAAAGCUUGGUAUGCUCACCCUGCAAAUUCAAAUAACAUUGUUUUUUAUUAACUGUGACUCAUCUGUUAAUGUGUAAUUCUGGCCAGUUAUAUUAUUUCAACCUUUAUGUAAAAAAUGUCUUCAUCACACGUAGUGGUGAUUCAGAUGAUAUUUUUCCACAAUCAUAUCCAGGUGGCAAAGCUGCUCUUGUUCAUUUAAUUAAAUUAAAUUAACUUCAAACCACGUCAAACAUACAGCUUGUACUGCUGACACAGACUUCCACUAGUCAAGAAUAAAUGUUCUAAUUACUGUGUCUAUGCUUGGUGACUGCACUAAAUUCACCUUUGCCCCAGCAUCCUCUGUGUGCAUUGAUCACUCGGAUGUUAUGUACAUGUACUGUGAUUAUUUCAAUGAAAUAAAAUGAAUA